GCCACGCACAUUGCGCGACUUGUACCGCUCGUUGACCAUGCCGCAAAAAAGAAGAAACAACGACGAUGUCCGAGUUGUGUUGAAAAAAAUACCUAAGAGGACUAAAGAGGACAAGGUAGAGCUGGUACAACGAAUUCGCCAGGCCAUUCCAAAUUUCGACUAUGUCUACGUGCUUGGAUUCCAGAACGGCGCCAACGCCCUUAUAAAAGCGGCAAGAAAAAGGUGGAAGGACGAAGGAAACAAUCGGUCGUUCUUUGGUAAACAAAAAAUUUUGGCUCUGGCGCUGGGAAAGUCCGAAGAAGACGAGCUGCUUCCCGAAUUGCAUAAAUUGACAGCUAGCCUGGGAGGAGACUCCUGCUUGCUACUGUCGACGAGUCCAAAGCACGUCCUGCUAGAGCAAUUCGACUCCCUCGUUCAGACGACGUUCGCCCGUCCCGGUGAGAUUGCCACCGAGGAUGUGAAGCUAGAUGAGGGCUUGCAGCUGAAUUUUUCGAACCCCGUGUAUAUCCUACUACACAAGAUGGGGUGGCCCGUCAAAAAAGAGCAAGGCGUCGUCCAGUUGACCCAGAAUUUCGAUGUGUGCAGCAGGGGCGAUGUCUUGACUCCAGAAAAGUGCAAAGCACUGAAAUUGCUUGGGAAAAAAAUGAGCGAGUUUAGAAUUUUUAUAAAGGGCUACUGGCACGCCAACAAAUUUUACGACGAAUCGCGUGGCCUACGCAACGACAAAUAAAAUGAUAGCAGCUAGCGCAGACCGAGACUUUUUUUUUUUUGAGGACGCGUUCUGUCCGCCAGAUGGCAGGUCUCUUUUCUUUUUGUAGCGACUCUUCAGCACGUCAGCCGACGUUCUUUAGCUCCUCUAGGUACUCCAUUCCGAGUAUGCGGCUCAAGACCUGCACCGUGUCCGAGAACUCGAGUCGCUUGGCGAGUUUCAGCCGGAGGUGGCAGUUGUCUAGCUGUUCCAGAAAGACCCUCAUGUUGGCCAGUAUCGAGCUGUUUUUGGUUUUGGAGUUUCUGAUUUGCUCGGCUAUCUCGACGAACAGAGGGCCCGCGUCGAAGGAGAAGUAGGCGCGAAGCUCGAACCAGUAAGAGAGGUUUCCCCUGACGACGACUUGUUGGUAAACGGGCAUGACCCAGUUUGGGCGAGAGAGCAGGUCGUAGGACGCGGCCACGAUGAUGGCGGACGAGAAGUCCGGACAAUGGACGAGGAACGAUUGCGCUUGA